CUCUCGUCCAACCUCCGCGACGAGCUCGACGACAGCAUGACGCCGUACGAACUCUGGGCCGAGGUCCAUGCCAAGGGCAACGUGCUCGUGGACGACUGCCGCUUCUUUGGGCUCCUGGAGAACGUACGUUUGGUCGACGACGACGCGCUUUCCGACGGCCUCGCACGCGUGGAGGAGCACAUCCAGCGCUUCGUCGACGUCAUCUUUGUGCCGAGUCAUGGCUCUGAUGUGCGGCUUUUAGCGGCUGCCGACCGCUUGAAGAUGGCACUGCUCUGCAACGCGUGCCCACCGGCGAUGGCCGACGUCUUUGAAACCUGGCGUGCCGACGAGCCUGCAUGGGACUAUGCAUACGUGCGGUGUCGGCUUGUCGAGCACUGGAAGUCGCUGCGUCGCGAUCCCGAAGCCGACAUCUCGUCUGCGCGGGAAGCUCCACUUGAACCCGUCGUCGAUGCUCCAGAGGCGAUGGCAGCCGAUGCGCUGCCCGUGGCCAUGACAAGUGUCACGAAUGCUUGCCCCGCCGUUGCCCCAGCAGCAGACGAAGCACCCUCUUCAAGCACAGCCAUCGACGCCCUUGUCGACAGCAACGCGGUCGAUGCCAUGCGUGCGUUCCACCAAAUGCGACAACUCGAUGCGAGCGUAGACCACUCCGCGGACCAUGCAACAAGCAGCACUGAGAAAGGUCGGCCUGAGAAGCGCUCGACUGACGCCGCCAUGACCGACCCGCCAGGCAGCAACCACCAGCACGAAUGCAAGCGGCGCAAGCAGACACUCCCGCAACCACAAGCGGCGGUGGGUCGACUGCAGCAGGACAGUGUUGCCACACGCGUGUCGCCGCGACAACACCUCGGUGCACUCCGCGCGUUGAAGUCAGCCGCAUCGCCAUCGCGCCGCAGCAGCACAAUCUCGUCGUCCAGCUGUGGCGCACCUUUCACGGAAGAAGAAGUCGAGUUCUUACGCGCGGCUCAACGAUGCGCAACCGAGUCGGGCGCCACCAUCUUUGAGCGUGGCCGUGCGCAGGGUCUCUUCAUCAACCGCUCCGUGAGCUCGAUACAGAGCAAGCUUGGUCGCAUGAAGGCUGUCGACACAAGCAGCAUCUAGUCGGGUCGCGUGAUUUGAUGGAAGGCAGCAGCGAACACUGGCUUACACCGUAGCUAACUGUC